UUCAAACCCACUCUAAGCCUUAGCAUUACGGAGUAUAUUUAAAGAAGAAAGGGAAAAAAAAAACAAGAAACAAACUGCGAAGCUAGACUUAUAAAGGCACUAAACUGCAUACGAUCGGAAAAAUCUUCGUCUGCCGAACAACUUGUGUCUGAAUUGAGUUAUCUUGGAAAGGAAUUGACUUUCUGUCGUUCCGACGAACAGAAAAAUGCGGUCUCUGGACCAUAAACGUGAAACCCUAGCUUCUCAAGAAGAUAGGUUAAACAAUAGCAACGACCGCCCAACUUACUUCGAUGUCUACGGUCCCGAAAGUAAAGCAGAUGUUGUUUUCAAGAUGCCAGAAGCUAACUCAACCUUGAAUUUAGAAGACGUUCAAGGACUUAUCACCUGGGUGCUUGGUGAAGGAUGUAUGCCGUCAUGGGUUUUUAUCAAAAACAUGCCUCUGAUUCCGAAAGUGGUUAUGCUGUAUGUCCCUGGUCUCGAUGCAGCUCUGUACCUGUCACAGUCUAAACUACUUGGUAGUUUCAAGAAAUUCUGUGGCGUUCCACGGGCAGUUUUAGCUCUUAGCUGUGUAUCAGAUGGAAUGCAGACUAUUGAUGCACUACUAACAUGCAAGCGUAAAAGAAAAAGGCACAGUGCUGAUUCACUUUUGAGCAAACCUGCCCAGACACCUGAACAAGGAACUUGUAGUACUGAUUCAGAUAACCCGUCAUCUUUUGAUCUUACUAAAGAUUUACCAUUCCCCAUUGCAUACUACACACUUACAGCAAAGGAACUAGAAGAUAAUGGAUACUGUUAUAAUCAACCAGGCUUUCUUUCAACUCUUCCUGCUCCUUUGGAAACUUCUCCCCAUGAAUUGUUGGCACUUGAUUGUGAAAUGUGUGUCACAAGCGAAGGAUUUGAGCUCACGAGAGUAACUCUGGUGGAUUUUAAAGGACAGGUCAUGUUAGAUAAAUUGGUUAAACCAUCAAAUUCUAUCAUUGAUUACAACACUAGGUACAGUGGAAUCACGUGUGAGAUGUUGAAUGGGGUGACUACAACUCUUAAAGAUAUUCAGGAAGACUUCCUGCAGCUGGUUUACAAAGAGACCAUUCUAGUUGGGCAUUCUUUGGAGAAUGAUUUGAUAGCAUUAAAGAUCUCUCACAAUCUGGUGAUAGAUACAGCUGUAUUGUACAAGCACCCCCGCGGUAGAUCUUACAAAACCGCACUUCGUGUGCUUACGAGGAGAUAUCUUUCUCGGGAGAUUCAGGAUUCAGGAAAUGGUCACGAUAGUAUAGAAGAUGCUAAAGCUGCUAUGGAACUGGCACUGUUAAAGAUUAAACAUGGACCUGAUUUUGGUUCACCACCAACAUACACGCGGACGAAGCUCCUUGCAGUUCUAAAUGAGUGUGGCAAAGCUUCUACUUUGAUUGAUGAUAUAUCCAUUGUGAAGCGGUUCGCUUCUGAAUUGACCCAUGCAAUUCCGGUGUCUUCUGAUGAUGAAGCUCUUUCAAAGAGCAUAAAAGAGGUUAAAAACGAAAAGGUGCAGUUUGUCUGGGCUCAAUUUUCAGAAUUAAAUUCUUAUUUCAAGAAACAAGCAGAGGACACAGAGAAAUUAAAUGGAAGGCUUGCGGAGAUGAUAUCAUUGCUUACAUGUAACAAGAAGUCUACCAGCAAAAAGGGCAUCAAAUACAGUGUCACCUCUGAACUAAAGGACGUUCUAACUUGCAUGGAUGCUAGAGUCAGAAGCCUCUUCUGCAGCUUGCCUACUAAUGCUAUGCUAAUUAUUUGCACUGGUCAUGGAGACACUGCAGUCGUUCAUAGAGUGAGGAAAAUGUUAAAUGAGCAAAUCGAGACGGCAGUAUCCCGUGAGAAGCUCGUAAAGGUCUUGGAAGAGCUGCAGGCCCAAGCCGAAGUAGGAUUGUGUUUCGUAGGUGUGAAGCAUUGAGUUAGAUUAUGAAUGUACCUUAGAAUUUCUUUUUGCAAAUUGUGUACUGCACGCAUUUGAGGUAAAAUCUUAUAAUAUCCAAAAAUAUGUAAUGUGAGCAAGUACAUAGAGAGACACUCUACCUUCACAAUUUUGGUGUAAAGUUUAUUUAAAUUAAAAAAAGAUUGUAUUUUAAAAUUAAUAUAUUUAACUGCAUAUUUGUUUUGAUA